ACCAGCAGAAGAGCACUCAGCCGCCUUUAAGGCUCCCCGAAAAACGGGGCUCCAAUGGCAGUGCUGUCUCGCUGUUGCGUCGUCUGGAACGUACGAGAUGGAACGCUCUAUAUCGGCAUCAUCUGCAUUAUAUCACGGGUUCUCGCCGCCAUUGCUUGUGUGGCUGUUAUCGCCUCGUACUACAAAGAACCAAGUCGUCAUGUGGAACGGGUCGAUAAAUUGACCUUCAUCAAACUGCUGCUUCCUGACAAUGUCUUCGUUGUCAUCUUCAGCGCUCUUCUCGUCAUUGGACUCCUGAAGAAUCGCCGCUAUUACCUGAUACCAUGGAUCAUCUGGAUGUCAGCCAGUUGCAUAAUUUUGAUCAUCUUGUGGAUCAUUCGCUCUAUCAUUGCAAUAAAGGACAAGGAAACAGAAGACCUGACAUUCCUAUUAGCAGCUGUCGUCAUUUUCGGCCUGCAGGCGUAUUUUAUUUUAUGCGUAGUGUCACAUUACCAAAACAUGAAGCUUUCAAACCGACGGCGAAGUGUAGUUAUGUAAAUACGCAAGGGACACUUCCCGUUACGUUUGUUAUCCCAUGGUAGCAGCGUCACGAAGUUUCAUGAGAGACCAACUCGUGGACCUGUCACGUGUGCUCGUGCGUAAUGUGGCAGUCGAGAUGAACAAGAAUUAUGCGCAUAACACACAUGUAUCAGUGAUAGGGAAUCAACAUCGCGUAUAAAAUGAAAUGAUCUGGUUCAUUUGCGUUCCUCCCGCUGGAGCAUGGCGAAGUGCAAGAACACUUGCUCCAGCGUGAGCUGGGCGACAGAGUAGUCCACAACGUUGAAGGCGGUCUUCACUUGAUCCAUCACAUCAAACACCUGGGCCCAGCUGAGCUGCGAACUUGGAAGGUGGUACUCCAGCAGUCCGUUGUGCAGACCGAUGAGCUCGAUCGACGGGAAGCGAACCUGCAUUUAUCGGAGGCUUUCAGCACGGCUUCUAGACACGUGAUUGUGUCAAGGACGUCAAUAGCGAAUAAACUGAAUUUCAUGUUCCGUGUUCAUGUUCAGCUUUCAAAUUUGGAGUCCUUUCGAACUGCAAGGAUUAUGUUGGCUGACUCGUUCUUCACACGGAAUUGACUACCAGAAAUCUCGUAUCCCCAUCUUGCUCAUUCGUACAGAACAGUACCGGCCACUUUAGUGGUUAAUCAUUUCAGGUUUUGUCGAGUCGAUUUUCGUCGUUUGGUCUGUUCUCAAGAACCUGCAGUAGUGUCUAUCCGAAGAACGUCAUUACGAGUGAUACAUCAAUAUGAAUCAAUACCAACUAUAGCAAAUUUCCUUGUUCUUCCUAUACGCACCAGAAAACGAUACGGUGUUAGAGACGUUGUGCAGACAGUGUACGAUACGUAGUAAGUUAUGUGUUUUCUGCUCCAGCACCCGAGGUGCCGAGGUGCGAGGUACGACUGUAGUAUCACAUGAUUAAUUGAAAGCAAAUAUACAUCGCUCUUUGAAAAUUUUGCCCUGGCCCAUUACUUAUAAAAACCCAUAUUGUUAUCACUUGACGUAUUUGUUCACUACUCAGAGAAGAGCCAUUUCAAAAUCACAGCGAUACAUCCCAAAUUCCCGUUCUCCGCGUGGUUAUAUGGAAAAUAACGUGCGUGGCUAUGAGGUGUGGAAAAGUUCUUGGUAGAUGUCUCAGAAAUGCUCACAAAAAAAAAAAAAAAAACAUGGAAAAAAGAAAAGAAACUGUUUACGAAUUAUUCAGUCGGGGCGCCUUCGUGAAACACCCGGUAUGUAAAUGCGUCUUUAUUUCUGUACCAAGCAAUCUAUACCUGCAGUGCAGUCUUGCGGUUUGAAUUUUGUUUCCCUGUGUUUUUGACUGUGUAUAAAUAACUACACACAUGUUGGACAUUUGCGUUUGUCAUUUCGUUUUAUAGUGGAUAUGUACAAGACUAAUACACAUAUUUCAAGACGUGGA